AUGUAUGAGAGUGGCUGGAACAGUCUCCUUAGCACAUUUCCCCCGAGUCUGCAAUCCACUGUGAACUCACCUGUUUCUUUGCCCUGCGCAGAGUUUCCAACUUACACAGCUGAAUUCCUUGCACGACUGGAGCGAGGGGAAGAGGCCUGGGUGCCAGACAUCCACAGUUCUGAAGAAAGCGGUGAUGAGGAACCCGUUGGACGACUCCUGAAACUGGGAUCAACAAUAAAAACAUACUGGAAUUACUACAAACUGAGCUCCCCCAGUUCAACCUCAUCACAGCCAGGUGAUGGGACAGCAAGUGAGGAUGAGGAGGAGAGUCCCCAGAAAGAAGAUCCUGAGCACCUGGAGCCACAUGGGAUAUUAUGGGGAAGAGCUAAAGGGGAUGACUCUCUGGCAUGUGCAAAACAGCACCGGACAGAGAGGCAGCAGAAAAACCAUCCAGCAAAGAAACUGCCCCAGUCUGGUGCUAAUGGGAAAGAGCACAAAAAUCUCAAUGUCAAGACACAGCAAGGGGUGCACCCAGGACAGCAGAAACAUGUGUGCACUGAGUGUGAGAAAACCUUCAGCAGGGGCUCCUCCCUCAAUAGACACCUGAGAACCCACACGGGAGAGAAACCCUAUCAGUGCCCUGAGUGUGAGAAAAGCUAUGCUUCCAAAUCAAGCCUCGUGGUCCAUCAGAGAACCCACUCUGGGGAGCGACCCUUUGUAUGCUCCAACUGCGGGAAGAGCUUCAUGUCAAACAAGUCCUUAAGAAAGCAUCUUAAAAUUCAUAAGGUAGAAAGCAACCACCGUUGCCCUGACUGCAGGAAAAGCUUCACAGACAGCUCCUCCUAUGAUAUUCAUCGGUUGAUCCACCUGGGGCUACUACCCUACCAGUGCCUGGAGUGUGGGAAAGUUUUCCUUGAACACUCAUCUCUGACCAAGCAUCAGAAGAAACAUGGAGAACAGAAAUCUUGUCCAUGCCCUGAACGUGGGGAAAGCUACAAUGAUCACUCAGCCUUGGCCAUGCACAGGAGAACUCAUGAGGACUACAGGCCUUAUGAAUGCCCCCACUGUGGAAGAUGCUUCAGGGACCGCUCGACCCUUGUUCGACAUAUAAGGAUCCACACUGGGGAGAAACCCUAUAAGUGCCCUUAUUGUGGGAAGACCUUUCGGGCCAGCUCAACCCUCACCAUCCAUCGGAGACUCCACACGGGAGACAAACCCUAUCAAUGCCCCGAGUGUGAGAAGGACUUCAGGUCCAGUACAGGCCUCACAAAACACCGGAGAACUCACCUGAAAAAGAAAUUACCCCACCAUUAUCUUCAUGCACCAAUCCAAAAGCCAGUAGGAGUUGAUCCCAAGCUGACUGAUGACUCUGCUUCCAGCUCUUCCUGGCUUACCGACCCCGGGCAGAAGAGAUUCCCAUGAUCGGUUCAUUGCCAUAGAGCAGCUGGCUUUUUGUGUCUCCUGACCACUUGGUGGGGGAACAAAGAGAAUCCCAUGAGCUCUGUUUCCCUGGACUGGCAUUGUACCCCCAUGCUCUGCUUCCAUUUCAUGAAGACAUAGACAAAGAAUCAUGGUCCAGGAUUUACACUUUUUCAACAACAACGUAGGAGCAGAAAGGACCAUCAGAUUCAGUCCUCUGACAUAGGAAGUAAGCUCAGAAGUAAGGUUACCUGCCUGGAAAGAUUGGGAACGGCUGUAAUAGAUGUUAAGGCAAUAAAAGUCCACAAGAACAUCCACUCCAGGCCCCCCCUCCCCCUCCCCCAUGCACCCAUAAACCAUCAAGUACCCCUUAACAUCUAUGAGCAGAGAGACAUAGUUAGCUAUGUUAGUCUGAAGUCAGGAAGAAGGCAUGGUAGCACCUAAUGCACCUAAUACACGAACUGAGAUACAUAAGUUUUUGUGAGCAAGAGUUCAUUUCAUUAGAAGCAGUGAAAGGACAUGCACAGAGCAGACUAUCAAACUGAAACAGUGACUUGUAUACAAAAGACAAGGAAGAGAGAAGGUGGGGAGAUGCGGGUGGGAAGGCAGUGCUGAGAGAGGCAAACAAGUAAUAAACCCACAGGGACAAAGGGGUCAGAAAAGCUAAUCCAGAUAAUGGGAUAAGAAUCCCUAAUUCCUGUUUAGACCAUAUUGAACACAAUCUAGUCUGUGGAUGAUUUCUUUUUUUGGGCAAUUUUGUGUUGAAGUUUGCUUUUAAUUUUCACUGUAUAGGAGCAGCCAGCAAGAGGUCAGCAAUGGACUGUCCAGGAAGGUUCAAGUAUUCUGCUAUGAAAGUUUGUGCGAUUUUGGACUUGAUAUCAAAUAAGUGCCCCCUCAUUCUUUCAUAUUUGGUUCACCCUGUUUGGCCAAUUUAAGCAGCAGAGGGGCACUGUAAGAAGGUGAUGGUGUAUAUGAUGUUGGUAGAGGUGCAGUUGAAUGACCCUCAGAUGUUUUAAUCUGUGACCUUGGCCCAAUGAUGAUAUGGUUUGUACUGAUCAGGGAGCACAAGUUGCAUCUGGGUCCAUUACAAAGCCUGGUGCCUUGGUGAGAAUAGGAGUCAGUAGCCUGUUGUUUGAGAGACAUCAUUUGAGUUUGGGGCUGUUUGUAAGCCAGGACAAGUUUGUAUCUCAUGGCUACCUUAAGGUGGUCAUCCUUUUCCAGAAGCAGUUGGAGAUUCAGGUUAUUGAUGAUAUGUCCAAGGCUUUCAGGCUGGGGGCCAUAGGUGACAACCAGAGGGAUUCUGUUGUCUUUGUCUAGGGGACUGGUAUUGUAGCAGGUCAGAGUAGGGGCUGAGUCUGGCUUUGUUGAUUUGAGUGGCUAUGGUUUUGUGAUUGUAUUGAAGAGUAUGAAUCCAUGCUCCAGAUAAGGUGUGCAUCCCAACUGAAGGGAUCAUAGAAGAUACAGUUGUAACAGUUUGGCUAUAGAUGGUAGAUCUAAUGAUAUGUUUAAGAUGAGAGCUGGUGGCAUGAAGGUAGCUGUGGUGGUUGGCGGGUUUCCAGGUGAGCUAUCUAUAAUAUCCCAUGGUCUUUCUUAUCCCAUUACCUGGAUUAGAUUUUGUGACCCCUUUUUUCCUGGUGGAUUUCUUACUUGUUUGCCUCUGUCAGCAUUGAACUGUUUCUGCCUCUUCCCUAUCUUUUGUAUUCAAAUCACCCUUUCUCUAUGUGAUAGCCUGUUCUGUGCAUAUCCUAUCACAGCAUCUGAUGAGCUAAGUUCUUGUUCACAAAAGCUUAUGCAUCUCUGAUUCAGUUAGUCUAUAAGGUACAUUUCUACUCUGCAAAAGUAGUGCAUAAAAGCCAAAGGACUCAAAAAAGUGCUCCGCAGACAGGUUCCAGCCCUUAUUUCAGACAGGUUCAGCUCUCACCUGGAGCUGUUCCUUGUGGUAGGGAUGACCCAGAAGCCACAUAGCUGAGACCACUCUGUUAAUUCUCAAGGAAGCAGGUGGAUGCAGGGAAGCAAAUUUUAGGGGAUGUUGCAUUGGUGAAAGCAGCUGGAAAGGCACAGAACCCCAGCGUGGCAUUUAUGACGUAGGCGUGAGAUGCAGAGUGGUGUGAACUGGAUGUGCUUGACAGAUGACAGCUCUGACUGGAUUCCACGCAAGGUCAGAGGCUGGCUCCAGCAACAAGUCAAUAGGAAGUGUCCAUGAUUUGGAGCUAUGGAAGUUUGCUGGCACUGGGCAAUCGAGAAGAGGUGAGAAGGCCUCCCACCCUAAGGCUCACUUGCUUGAGCUCUGUCUGCAGACUGAGGAAGCCAACAGAUCCAGCUGGUGCAGGAGUGACUUUUCCUUUCAAACCUGUCACCAACAGCAGAAACUCCAGGAUCUCCACUGACUGGACAUUCAUGUCCUAAAAGCCAGCCCUGACCACACCGAGUAGAAGUACAAUAAGCCCCAUUCAUGGAGCCUGGUCUCCUUCAGGCCUAGAAAAUCCUCUAUGGGAAGAAACAAUCCCACCAUAGUCCCAUCACUGUCAACCUCUGAGGGUCAUAUUUAUACUGAUCCACACGUCCGUUCAAUGCUAAGAUUUCCAAAGAUUUCCAUUUACUGUGUCCUCCCCAUCCCUAUACACACAUUCGAGAACAUCUUUGUGCCUUCCAUUUUACUUAAAACAUGUACAUUUUACUUAAAAUAUUACAUUUACAAAUCCACAAAGGCAUCUUACAACCAACCUAUAACCAGAAGCAUCUCGAUCUCCUGGAUGAUUUGGAUCACACCCUUUUUCUCUCCCUCUUUUUAUUCACUUUAAUGAAGUCACUUAAUUUGGGCUAUUCUUACAACCUAUGGUUUGUUCUGUAAUAGGGUUUGAUAUAUAUAAAUAUACCAUUUUCCUGGUAUGAACCUUUUCUCUCAGUGUUUAUACUGUUCUGUUCAGAAUUCAGCAUUUUAACCUGGGCUAUAGGCAUUGAAUCAGGAUGGUUGUUUGUGAUUUUAUUACAGUGCAUGAGGAGGAACAAAGUAGAAAUAA